AUGACAACUGGAGAGAAUGAAGAUGCCUAUAUGAUGCUGAAUUUCAAAAAUCAUCUCAAAUCUGGGCAGAGAUCUGCAGAUUUCUCCUGGUGUCUACAAUAUUAUUGUCUUAUCCUAGUGUUUGGAUGUAUUGGGAUCCUUGUGUUCAUGACGACAAUGACUGACCUGAAGUCCUAGGAUAAAACGACGUAAUUCUCUCAGAUUGUAAAUAUCAGCAGUCUGGCAGGAAAUAAUUAUAAGUGCCCAAACAACUGGUUGAACAAAAAGAAAUGUUACUGGUUUUCCACUUCUUUUAAAACUUGCAAAGAAAGCUAAUAUGAUUGUACAAAGCUAUACACAUAGUUUCUGGUGAUUAAAAAUUUGGAUGAGCUGGUUUUCAUACAGAAGAGUUUAAAACCUGGACAUGUUGGUUGGAUUGGACUAUAUAUUAUUAUUCAAGGAAAUCUUUGGACUUGGAUAGAUGAGCACUUUCUUAUCUCCCCCACGUUUUUAGUGAUUGGACAAACUGAAAGCAAGAGUUGUGCCAUCAUAACAGGAAGUGAGGUGUAUUCUGAAGACUGUAACUACAAAUUUAAUGGCAUUUAUGGGAAAGAUGCUGUCUGGUUUAUAUCCACUAGACCCAAUGGUGUGUCAAUAUACAAUACAGUGUAG